AUGUUUACUUUGAAGAAGUCGCUGUUUCCACCGGUUGUCCGCCGGUUAUGUAUGGUGAGGUCGUUUUUGACGGACGCGUAUAGAUGUAACGAGGUAUGGCAAGAACGACUUAAUUGUUCAGUCUUAAAGAAAGUCAAUCCCGAAGAGUUGUACUAUAAGCUGUCUUCUAUGUUGGAUAACGGUUCAAAACAGAUUAAUGCCGUUGACUUGGACAUAUUCGUCAACUCGUUGACAGAUAAUUCGUUUUUGGACGAAUUAGAAGAUUUAACCCAUAAGUUUCGUUUGUCGGCCCAGGCCGGCACGCUAUUGCCAUCCACGCAUCACGCUUUUAUCAGACUGUUUCUCGAAUCAGGUAAAAUAAACGAUCUCAUUAAAAUUCUGAAAAAUAGGCUGGAUUAUGGAAUUUUUCCCGAUUACUAUUUAUGCAAUCUACUGAUGGACAAAUUCCUGAAAGAAAAUAAUUUCCGAAAUGCAGCAGUGAUUGCAUCUAACCAAAUGUUACAAGAAGAACUUGAUAAUGAUAUUACAAAAAACAUAGGACUAUAUUCAUGUUUGAAAUAUAUCACCAAUCCUACUGACUGGGAAGACACCAUAAUUUCGAAGGAGGAAGAAAAAGAAAAUACAGGUAGCGACGAUGAGGACGAAGUAAAACGAGUGCGUGUGAACUUUAUUAGAAAUCCUUAUUUUGAUGAUCACUUUGAUCUUACUGAUGGUGACCAUCUGGUUGGAAAAACUAUGCUAGCAAUCAGUAAAACUGAUAAUACUAUGUUGAGUAAUAGUUUUAAAGCCAUUGGAUUAGCUUAUUUUAACCGAUGGAAUGAGUUAGAAAGUUAUUUAGAAAAAUUUGUUGGGACUGUACAUAGUGAAGCUGUGGAUUUGUCAGUUGCUUCUAUAGACAAACGAGCACCUGAAAAUGCUGAGAAACUUAAAAAUGCUUUUGCUAAAAUAGAAAUUGAUAACAAAAGUCUGACUGAAGAAACCAAAAAUGCUGUAAAUGAGGCAGUAGAGAAAAAUGAAAAAAAUGAAAUAAAACUUCAACAAAAGGUAAAUAGAAAUAAUUUAUAGGUAUAACAGUUUUUAAAAAUGAUAUCUUUAUUAUUAAAUUUGUUUACUAGAUUUACAAAGACUGGGAAUCCUUUAGACGAGAUGAGUUACAAAGGUACAUGAAAUAUUUGGACAAAUUGAAACGAUUACAAAAAGUCCAACAGGUUAAACAGGAGCUAAAAGAUAAAGAACAAUUAUUAUUCUUCUUUGAUAAUGAACAUAAAUAUGACUUAAUUAAAGAAGAAAAAUUGAAGAAAAUGAAAAAGCCUAAAGUUAUAUCUAAGGGUCCUAAAGAUGAUUUAACAUAUAUACCACCAGAAAUAAAACAUCCCGGUUUUAAACACAGUUAA